AAAGGUCUGGCCAGCUGAAGCGGGACCGCCCCAUAUUGACACACUGCCCUCCUGUCCGUAGACUGCUUUGCUGCGGCAGUCCAGCCCUCCUAGAAGGAAAGGGGGAGACUAUUGAACGCCAGUUUUAUUGUGUUGUCAUGUUUCACAAUGGUUCAGAAACAGCGAGACCGCCUGGCACCAUCGUUUCAUGGAUGCACCCAAAGUCUGAGCGCGGAGUGUCUCCUUUUACCAACAUUACAGUCCUCAAAAGCCCCUUGUGGUGUUUGAUAUUCACUAUCGCUUUCAUGGGUGAGCGUCUUCUUUUGUAGCAUUUAUUAGAGUAUUUCUUGCUGCAAUUCCCAUUUUUCUGUCAAGAUGCAGCUGCGAACCGUCCUUGACGUUAAUGUUGUAGACGUUCAGAAGAGAAGGAAUCCCUCCAAACACUAUGUGUACCUCAUCAACGUCACUUACUCAGACUCCACCUCCCAUGUCAUCUACAGGCGAUACAGCAAGUUCUUUGACCUACAGAUGCGAAUCCUCGACAAAUUCCCAAUUGAAGGAGGACAGAAGGACCCCAAAAAGAGGAUUAUUCCCUUUUUGCCAGGUAAAGUCUUAUUUCGCCGAAGUCACAUAAGAGAUGUAGCCAUCAAAAGGCUGAAACACCUGGAUAAUUACUGCAAAGCUCUGAUGAAGCUUCCCUCCCACCUUUCCCAAAGUGAGGAGGUCCUCAAGUUCUUCGAGACCAAGUCGGAGGACCUCAACCCUCCCACAGAAGACUUUGGAUUCUCCGGCAAACGUAAAUCAGGUCUGGAUGCUUCGGAUCCCAUGCUCCUGGAACAGUAUGUGGUGGUGGCCAGUUACGAGAAACAAGAGCCUGCAGAAAUCAGUCUUCAAGCGGGCGAGGUGGUCGACGUCAUUGAAAAGAGCGAGAGUGGUUGGUGGUUCGUCAGCACCUCAGAAGAGCAGGGUUGGGUCCCUGCUACCUAUCUCAACUCCCACAGUGGCACACGGGAUGACUUGGAGCUGGGGGCCUCUAAAGCUGGGGAAGUUACUAAGCGGCAUAAGGCUCAUCUGAAGAGGCUGGACCGGAGAUGGACGUUGGGGGGUGUCAUCAGCCGGCAGCAGAGCCGAGAAGAGAAGUACGUAACUGUGCAGCCCUACUCCAGCCAGGGCAAGGAUGAAAUAGCUUUUGAGAAAGGCGUCAUUGUGGAGGUGAUUCAGAAGAACCUGGAAGGCUGGUGGUUUAUUAGGUACCAGGAUAAAGAGGGCUGGGCUCCAGCCUCUUACCUAAAGAAGAUGAAAGAUGAUCUCUCUCCCCGCAAGAAGACCGUGACAGGCCCAGUGGAGAUAAUUGGAAACAUCAUGGAGAUCAGCAACCUGCUCAACAAGAAGGCCAUGAGUGAAAAAGAUGUGCAGAUUGAAGGAGUCCCAGAAAGCCCCCAGGUGGCCAAGAAGGAGAUCAGCCUUCCAAUCCCUUGUGCUGACUCCAGCCCUGUUAGUCAGAAUGGAAAAAGUAAAGCAGAGCCUGCCUCACCAGCUGUAGCCCGCAUCGCCCCUCAUCGGAUGGAAAUUGGUUCUCCAGUUCUCAGGCAAAAACCUCCUCCUCGAAGAGAUGCCACCUUGGGAUUUCAGUUACCUUCCCCACCAGAGCCCCCUACAGUUGAAGCCGAGUAUUAUACAAUUGCAGAUUUCCAGUCCUGUAUAUCUGAUGGUAUCACUUUCAAUGGAGGACAGAAAGCAGAGGUCAUUGAGAAGAACUCUGGUGGUUGGUGGUAUGUCCACAUAGGCGAGAAGGAGGGCUGGGCUCCUUGUUCAUUCAUUGACAAACGUAAAAAGCCCAACCUGAAUCGUAGAACAAGCACUCUGUGCCGUCCAAAGGUUCCACCCCCAGCUCCGCCUGUCAAAAAACAAGACUCAGUGGAACCUGCACCUCCAAGCAGCCCCGGGUCUGAAGCGCCAGAGUCCCCAGUGUCUCCUGGAAGGCCGGUGUAUGAAGAACCGGAAUAUGAUGUCCCUGCCAUUGGCGAUCUGGACAUGGAGUCUGAGUUUGAGUUUCUCAGGGGGGAAGGCUCCUUGGUGGAUGUAAAAACUGAGGACACUUCCUCCGAGAAAGGAUCCCACCUGUCCUUCAAGCCUUCUUCGGCUUUGUCUCGCCACAGUGCCUCCUUUAAGAUGUGCGAGUCAUUUGAAGAUGGCCAUGAGGCAGAAGGGGAUGCAGAGGGAGAGGUAGAGUGCAUCUAUGAGAAUGACGGCUUCCAACCCUUCAGGGAGACGCCAGAGAGGCAGUGCAGCAAGGACUCAAAUUCCUCUAAGACAAGUGUCUUGUCAGAAACUGGCAAGACUGCACACCCGACAUCAGGUGGGUGGAGACGUGCAGGUAAUAAGCUCAAGAUAGACUUAAAUGGGAGCCCAUUUUCAGCCAAAGCUGAGGAGGCAUCCAGUCCUAAAUCUGCUUCAACUGAGUCCACACCAGAUCUUUCCAGAACUAAAAAAGACCAAGAUGAAAGCAAGGCAUCCUCUUCCAUCAAGUCUUCCUCUAAACUAAAGCCAGUGGUGAGGCCUAAACCACAACUAGCCAAGGCAUCCAGUGCAGAGAAGAUGGACAUCAGCACCUUGAGAAGACAGUUGCGGCCAACAGGGCAGCUGAAGAAUGGCACCAAAACUAAAGGUGAGGACUCUGAGACAGCUUCAGUCAUCUCAUCAGAGGACUCCCUCUCUUCUCAGAGCACAUCCGAUCUCUCCUCCAUCUAUUCUAAAGGCAGCCGGGGAGACUCUGACCUUGAAGGCUGCAGCCUGUAUCGCACCACAGAUCCCUAUUUGAAAGUCCAAGAGACUGAACUCAGCUUCCCUGCUGGAGUGGAGGUGGAAGUGCUGGAGAAGCAGGAAAGUGGAUGGUGGUAUGUCCGCUGGGGAGACACAGAGGGUUGGGCUCCGACUUAUUUCCUGGAGCCUGUCAGGCAACAAGAUGACGUGGCAGGGUCUGAAUGUGAUGGCACCCCGACUAAACCUGAAAGCCUAAGCAAGUCCAACAGCCUGGAGAAGAAUGAACAAAGGGUACAGGCGUUGAACAACAUCAAUCAAAACCUAAAGAAGGUCACACCACCCAUCCCCUCCAAGCCUCCAGGUGGCCUAGCCAAACCCAUCAGCUUGUUUGGUUCACGUAAGCAGAAUAGCACCAUACAGCAGCAGGUUGUCAGACCUCAGUCUGUCUUCAUAUCGGCCCCAAUAAGGGACGGUCCCAGCCCUGUUGGUUCUCUUAGGAGAAACGAGUCACUCAACUCCACGGACCACCCUCGUGCCAGCCCCACAGUGCGACGCAACGCCUCAUUUGGCACUGUGCCGCGCAGCCUGCCACCGAACAACAUUGCGCUACCCAAAAAGAACAGAUCUGGUACCAGUAGCUCUGAAUCUCUCGGUCUCAACUCUCAAAAGAAUGCCUUCCCUAUAUCCACAGUGAAACCCAAGCCCCAUAUCAUUCAUAACAACCUCAGUGACGUGUAUGUGUCCAUAGCAGAUUACCAUGGCGAUGAGGAGACCAUGGGAUUUCCUGAGGGGACGAGUCUAGAGGUCCUGGACAGAAACCCCAAUGGAUGGUGGUACUGCAAGAUUCUGGACAAUGGCAGACCAAGGAAAGGAUGGGUUCCCUCAAAUUACCUCGAGAAAAAGCACUAGCACUCGUGCGGAGAGCUGGCAGAACUCUGAACAUGCGUGUAAAGACUACUCAAAAAGAUGCAUUUAUUUGUGAAAAAAGGCAAACCCUAAAACGGAUUAAAGUCUUACCUAAAAUGAGCAGCCAUAUCAAAUUGUGACAUUUAAAUGAAAUAAGACAUCUGGUAAAAAAAGUCUAACUAUACAGUGGCUGAGAUUGGGACUUAGUGACCCAGCCAAAGAGAACACCAGAGAGCGGAAAAAUGAUUUGAUAAUAUUCUUCAGUGGUUACCUUUAACUUGAACAAAGAUGUAAUUUUGUAUCCACUCCUUGAACCUUUCUCAGUAAGUUUUUUGUUGUUGUAAUUUU